UGUAAUCGCAGGUAACUUUCUUACGAUAGCCUUCCGCUGGACGACCUAGUUCUCGUAGAGCGCGAACAUUUUUUAGGGUUACAGAUACAGUACACAUAACCAAGCUUCGGCAUUAGACAUUUCCGUCGUUUUGGCCGUCGGAAGACUCGAAAGCUGUAUUUUUUACUGUGCGAAAAUAACCCGUCUCUCAAAGGCGUUUGAAAUCGGACACCGCUGGCAUUGAGGCCCUCACUUUUGUGCGGAGGGAUACGUUGUUGCGUCUGACAAUGUGGACGGAGGUGGUGAAGAUGUCUACGAGAAGAAUGAAAUCAUCUCAGUUGUAACAACAGAAAAGGAAGACGCGAGAUUAGUUACCAUAAUAGAUUUGUUUGCACUCAGACUUGUAACAUUGAAGCAAACACGUGUGCGCAGUGUGAAAAGCAGGCUUACCAGGACAAAAGGAAGACAUCUACGGUGCUCCAAUGCGUUACAUACACUGAGGUCGAAAUUCUCUUGAAGUUUUAUGUUUUUCCCCUCGCGAUUCUCAGCUUUUCUUUUUACUGUUGGAUAUCAGACACUUGCAGAGGAGAGUUCCCUGUGAAGCUUGCAGAACCGCCGCUCAGCAUCAGAGAGCGGCCUCGGGCUUGCAAUGGAAUGCAAAACACAGGGGUUUAUUAGAGACUGAAGGGUAUGAACGAACAGCAGCAAAGAAUGGCUGCAGUGGGAACUGACAAGGAACUCAACGACCUCCUGGAUUUCAGUGCGGUUGUGUCAGCCCAAGAUAUUUCCAUGCUUCAUUCUUGGCAUGCAAAGAUGUUCGCGCCUCCAGUACCCAAUGGGAAGAACAGAACAAUGACACUUGCCAGCAGUCAGUUUGGGGGCUCAGCAAUAGAUGAGCGCAGCGGCUCUGGGUCUUGGGGAUCAGCAGAACAGAACAGCCCCUCUUUCAGCCAAGGACGGGGCUAUGUCGAAGGGUCCCACUACAGUGAGCAUGAAGGCUUGUCCUCUCCAUUCAUCAGUUCAGGGGUUGCAGGUAAAAAUGAGAGGCCACCAUACCCUCCCUUUGGAAGCCAGCCUGGAUUUCUUCCUAGCGACAUAGCGAUGCCCAGCCCAGAUGCCAUGUCCCCCUCUGGCCUAAAAUCUGGCUCCCAAUUUUACCCGUCAUACCCAAACAACCCCAGGAGAAGGCCGCCUGAUGGAGGCAUAGAAACCCAGCCAAAGAAGAUUCGGAAACCCCCUGGCCUGCCAUCCUCGGUAUAUGCUUCCACAUCUGGUGAUGAGUAUGCAAGAGACAAUGGAGGAUAUCCUGGUGCUAAACCUGGAGCUGUCUACCCCGGGUCUUUCUAUAUGCAAGGUAACCUUUCACAUAAUAUCACUGAAAGUCAUUUGUUCUGUGAUGCUAUUUGUGAAGGUGUUUUCAUAUUUGCAAAUGGAUCUCUGCUUUUCUCAGAAGACCCCUGGUCGUCUUCUGGCUACUCCGCCAUGCUGGGUAACACUCCUCACGUUGGACAGCCAGGCUCCUUCUCUGCAAUUAACCCACAGGACCGGAUGAACUAUCCCCUUCAUGGCAGCGAUGUCAACGGCUUCCACUCGGCCCCCACCACCUACAAUCACACACCCACCAUCAACGGAGAAGGCAUCAUGGCCAACCGAGGCACCACAGCUGGCAGUUCUGGAGAUGAAAUUGGAAAGGCUCUUGCCUCAAUUUACCCGUCGGACCACACUAGUAAUAACUUCUCCUCAGCUCCAUCUACUCCUGGAUCUCCUCAGGCUAUUGCAGGAGCUCAGUCUCAGUGGCAAAGACCAACCACACCCAACUAUGAAGGGCAAGCACACACACUGCAGAGUAAAAUGGAGGACCGUUUGGAGGAGGCCAUCCAUGUACUGCGUAGCCAUGCUGUGGGCCAGGGCUUAGAGGGUGCCCCCGACAUGCACAGCCUGCUCUCUGCAGUACACAACGGGGGCCUCGGGGGCCUCUCUCCAGCUUUUCCCAAUGCAAGCCUUGCCCUCAGCAACAGACAUCCUGCCAUGCAGGGAGGGAAACACGAGGAGCCCACAGGCCUUCCUCCCAGCAGCACUCUUCUGCACGGUCAUCACGCAUCCGGACCCACACCGCCAGUUGGCCAGCCUGAAGGCUUUACCAGUCUCCCUGGUGGUUUGGCCCGCUCCACGCACUCCUCCAGCAGCUCAGACAUCAAAAGAGAAGACAAAGAGGAUGAUGAAAACUCAUCUGUGGCAGACAAAUCUGAAGACGAAAAAAAGGAGACCAAGGCAGCACGCAGUCGAAGAAAGGAGGCGUUGACACUCCAGAUGCUCUCUAGCCUUUCAGACCAGAAAGAUGAUCUAGAUGACGAAGAUGACGAGGACCUUCCCCCUGAGGUAAAGAUGGAGCGUGAGAAGGAACGGCGAGUGGCUAACAAUGCCCGCGAGCGUCUCAGAGUACGGGACAUCAACGAGGCAUUUAAAGAGCUUGGGAGGAUGUGCCAGCUGCACCUCAGCCACGACAAACCUCAGACCAAACUUCUCAUCCUGCACCAAGCCGUCAAUGUCAUCCUCAAUUUAGAACAGCAAGUCAGAGAGCGUAACCUUAACCCUAAGGCUGCAUGUUUAAAACGCCGCGAGGAGGAGAAGGUGUCUGGGGUGGUGACUGAAGCACCCAUGCAGCUCUCAGGAGGCCAUCCUAGUAUGGGAGGAGAUGGCCACAACCCAGUUGGCCACAUGUAACACCAGAUCUGGUGGUGUUUCCCUGGCUGUCAAAGGAUGUGGCCUUAACAGAUUUCUUCCACCCAUUAUUCUCAGUGUGUGUGUAUAUGUGGACAUGUCUGUGUAUUGUCCGUUCAAGUUUCAAGAUGCACAUUCACACACUCGUACACACAUGCAUACUGCCAAAACUGACACAGCCUGUUUGUCGCACUCCCAACCAUGACUACAAGCUCAAAUGUGAAGAACUUUUUUUUUUUUUUAGUUUUUACAUGUAAAAAAAUUCUUUUUGGUUUCCACAAGAUGAUGGAAUACCGGAGUACAUUUUGUCCUGCCACAAAUUGGGACUUCACACACUGCCGAGAGGUGACUGCCGAGAGGCUAAACAAACACAAAUUGAAUCAAGGAUUUGUGCCUAAUUGUUACAUGUUUUCUAUUUGACAUUUAAGCAAAUUGCUUUACAUGUGAGGAACAUUUAUUGUGUGGGAUUGCUUAUGUGUAUGAGCAAUUAUUUUUAAUGUAUGUCAUUCCCAGCGUGAUGGUACAGUCUUACAUAUGUUAUGUAACCAAGCCCAUAGUUGAAGUUGAAUUGUCUAAAUUCAGUGACUUUUCCUUAACCUUAUUAGCAAGUGUUGACGGGAAGGCGAUGGAAACGUCAAAGCUUUGACAGUUCAAAAUCAGCUUUUAAAAGACGGGAACUCUGACCUAGAGGAAGUCUCUGACUGAUGCCUGGUCUCAUCCCACGAGGCAUUUGGAGACUUGGAAUAAUAGACUCCUUCCUUGAAGGUUAUGAAUUAUCCAAGUGGUAGUCUGUCAACUCCAAAACUGUUUUUCCCAUUUGUUGACCACAAAUUCUAGUGUUCCAGUAAUCCCCUUUCAUAGGUCCAGGUGUUUGUACUGCUUUAUGUACGAAAGCAUACUUAAGACAAGACAAAGCACAAUUGUAUAGGUUUAAGCUUAAAAGUUAAGUGUCAACCUGUUGUGCAUUUCAGUCCCUGAAAGUAUUGUACAAAAGCCAUUGGAGACGCUUGCUAAGUGAUCAGCACCACUCAGUGCUCUUACUUACCUAAAAUGGUUUUCUGACAAUGCCAGCAGAAUUAACGGCUCAUGUUUUUCCUCCUUAAUUGAUAUUCUGUAAAAGACAAAAAAAAUCUGGGUUCCUUUUGAUGAAAGGAUCUCAUCAGUUCACAGUUGUUGAAGCAGACAAGCCUUAGCGUAACAGAGGCUUUCUUUUCCUAAAUGAGCAUUCCCACUGAAUUACAGCCCCUCACCUUCCUCCUGAGUAAGUUUGUUCUCACACUUCUUACUGAGAGAAGUGUGAUGUGUAAAUUCACCUCAUACAUUACUGAUGUUUCAUUUUUCAAAAUUAAAUAUAUAUAAAAAAAUAUAUAUUUUUUUGUUAGUCUAUACAUUGUAGAUUUUUUACAUAAAUGGCAAUAUUAGUUUGAAGUUUAGAGCGCAUUGUAGAUGAGCUGAAUAAGGAGGGAUAUUUGACAUUUGACACCGUGAUGGCAGAGGAAAAGGGUCAAUAGAUGAUAAAUGAAAAAGCGUUUGGUGUAUCCUUGAUUCCAGUUUUAGUUGUAAGGUGUAUCAUCAGCUACCCAGAUGAUUUUUUUCUUUCCAUUUGGGGGAUUUUGUGCCACCGUCUUGUUGAAGUCUUCUUACUUUAGCAGUGAGGCACUGAGGAAAAAUGUCGGAAUAUUUUUGUCUCUAACAGUAAUUAUGCAACUGGUAUUUGAAUGUAGCUACCAUACAAAUGUGGAUCACCUUCAUUUUCAAAGUUGUGUUCCUGGGUUUUGUCAGUACAGUAUACUAGUUUCCAUUUCACAGUUUUCUAAUGUUUGGCUUUCAGUGUGCAGCUCACGUCAUAUAGCCUGCACAUUUAUUUGGAGGCAGACGUCCGUAUUUGGGUGUAAGGUAAUGGAUAACCUAAUAUGGAGAACAAACAGUGUUAUUGUGAUGUUAUUCCCAUGUCAUAUCAUGUUGUGAAUGGUUUUUACCAACAUGUAAUCACAAAUGGGAGGUAGAGCACGUCGUGUUUAAUUUCUACAAAAAGAGAUGAAGAAAAAGACCUAUACAAAUCAAUAGUGUGGCCUUUUCAUUCUCAAGACUUAAGACAACAUGAUGGGAGAGUGAUACCUUAUCAGUGCCUGAACUUGUAUUUUCAUUUAAGACAGUUUUAUUUUGUGAUCCAUAUCAUUUCAUAUAUCAUGGAGAUUAAAGAGGUACUUGUUCAUUCCCCCACCCUCCCUUCUCCUAAUGCUUUUUCAAUUUUCAGGAAGAAGUUUAAAUGGUAUAAAGAGAUUUUCUUUCAGUGUAUCUAGUUAAAUAAAUAAAUGUUAUGUAGAUCUUGUUCAGUUUUUAUUCCCUUUUUUCUAAUUAUUCAACUGGAUUAUAUUGUCCAAACUGCUGUUUUAGUUAAGGUCAUGGGUCCAGGUCAUGAGUUUUCUUUCUAUCUGCCCUAUAUUGCUAUAUCAUUUGACAUCACUUGACAACCGGGUUCAAGAGAUGCUGCUUUUGGCUCAGAUGUCUGUCUGCUUUUGCUGCACAUUAACAUGUUUCAGUGUACGUGUUGCUUCAGUUUCAAUGUAGGGAGUGAGUUUUGUUUUCUGUCGUAGCUGGAACCUCUAAUGACUUGGAGCAUUUUAAGUUUCUGUACAUCGGAGUGCAAGCCCUUUGCUGCAGUGACUUUCAGUACAUUCAGGAUUGUCUCCAGUGACUAUUUUCACCUCCUGACCUUUCACUCUUCCAGCUCUUUGAUGCCAUUGACAGUGACUUUUUGUGAGAAGUUCUAAUCACUUCUUUCAAAAAGUUGUAUUUGAAGUUUUUUUUUUUUUUAUAUUACAAGAUCAAUAAUUGUACUGAAUAUUGCUGGUUUGUUCCUUAAGGAAAUCUGACUUGAUGUCAUUUAGUAUUCUGUGAGCAUCCUAUCAGCCUACAUACUCAAAUUAUUUGUUUGGGGGUGGGGGGGGGGGGGGACCUUUUUUCUUUACACUAGUCAUGACAGACACAAUGAAAUCUGCAGAAAAGCAAGCCGACCACUGCAGGAGCACAUGAUGUCAGAAAAUUAGAGAAAAUUACAAUAUUAUGAUGGAAAAAUGUUAAGUUGACGGGCUUGAACUUGUUUUGGUAUAAGAAAGCAGUAAUAAAACACUUGCUUUCAA